CUUCCCUCGAACAUCGAUACCCAGGACAACCCAGCGGACCGCCGUCGCUGUGCCCAUGUCCUCCACGAACGGAUCGCUCGAAAAGCAGGCGGCCCCGUCGUCGGGCAAGAAAAAGGGGUUCUUUGCACGACGGCCCAAGCCCGAGCCUCAGCCUGAAAACGAGAAGCAAGCGGACGUCGAGGUCCCCGCUGAGGAUGCCAAACCCAAGGUCGAGGACAUCAAACCGGUUUCGUUCACCGACCUCUUCCGGUUGCACACCAGGACGGAGCUCGUCCUCAACUUGAUUGGUCUCGUCUGUGCGGCAGGAGCGGGAGCGGCUCAGCCGUUGAUGAGUCUGCUCUUCGGUAACCUCACCCAGGAUUUCGUCAGCUUCGAGACCAUCCUCGCCGAGGCCAACAGCGGUAAUGCCACGGCUAAGGCAGCGUUCCCCGCAGCGCGGUCACAUUUCCGGCAUACGGCGGCAAACGAUGCGUCUUACUUGGUCUACAUUGGUGUUGCUAUGUUCGUCGCAACUUAUGUGUACAUGGUCGUUUGGGUCUACACCGGGGAGGUCAACGCCAAGCGGAUACGCGAGCGCUACCUCCAGGCCGUUCUGCGUCAAGACAUCGCCUAUUUCGACAACGUCGGCGCCGGCGAAGUCGCCACCCGUAUUCAGACGGAUACCCAUCUGGUGCAACAAGGCAUCUCUGAGAAGGUCGCACUCGUCAUUAUGUUCAUCGCGGCGUUUUUCACCGGUUUCAUACUCGCCUAUGUCCGUAACUGGCGUCUCGCCCUCGCCUUGACAAGUAUCAUUCCGUGCAUCGCCAUCAUGGGAGGCACCAUGAACCGUUUCGUAUCCAAAUACAUGCAGCUUUCGCUCAAGCAUGUCGCUGAAGGCGGCACAGUGGCCGAGGAAGUCAUCUCUACUGUCCGCACAGCCCAGGCUUUCGGAACGCAAUCCAUACUCAGCGGUAUAUACGACAAACACGUUGACAAUGCCAGGACCGUGGACAUGAAGGCCGCCGGAUGGCAGGGUGGAGGGUUGGCUGUUUUCUUCUUCAUUAUAUAUAGUUCAUAUGCCCUUGCCUUUGACUUUGGUACUACACUCAUUAAUGAACACCACGCGAACGCUGGCCAGGUCGUCAAUGUCUUCUUCGCCAUCCUCAUCGGUUCAUUCUCCUUGGCUUUGCUUGCUCCCGAGAUGCAAGCUAUCACUCACGCAAGGGGUGCGGCCGCUAAGCUCUACGCCACGAUUGACCGCAUUCCUCCCAUCGAUUCGGCCGAUCCCGGAGGCCUCAAGCCCGAGAACGUAGUUGGUGAGAUAGUACUCGAGCACGUUUACUUCAAUUACCCGUCGCGCCCGAACGUUCCCAUCGUCAAGGACUUGAACCUUACUUUCCCCGCCGGCAAGACUUGCGCGCUCGUCGGCGCUUCCGGAAGUGGCAAAUCCACCUGCAUCGGACUCAUCGAGCGUUUCUACGAUCCGCUAUCCGGUUUUGUCAAGCUUGACGGCGUCGACCUCAAGGAGCUGAACCUCAAGUGGCUUCGCUCGCAGAUCGGCCUGGUCUCUCAGGAACCGACAUUGUUCGCAACCACGAUCAAGGGCAAUGUCGCACACGGUCUUAUUGGCACGAAACAUGAGCACGCCUCGCAGGAGGAGAAGGAUCAGUUGAUCAAGGAAGCGUGCAUCAAGGCGAACGCGGACGGCUUCAUCACUAAGCUGCCACUCGGAUACGACACCAUGGUCGGCGAACGCGGUUUCCUGUUGUCUGGUGGUCAGAAGCAGCGUAUCGCGAUUGCUCGCGCGAUCGUCUCCGACCCCAAGAUCCUGCUCUUGGACGAGGCUACUAGUGCUCUUGACACUCAGUCCGAGGGCAUCGUCCAGAACGCUCUUGACAAGGCUGCGGAAGGUCGUACCACAAUAACGAUUGCUCACCGUCUCUCCACCAUCAAGGACGCCGACUGCAUUUACGUCAUGGGUGGCGGCGUGGUGCUCGAGAAGGGCACGCACCAGGAGUUGCUCAAGAACGAGGAUGGCGCAUACUCUCGCCUUGUCGCGGCGCAGAAACUCCGUGAAGCUCGGGAGGCCGAAAAGGAUGUCACUGGUGACGGCGAGUCGUCGACAAUCGAGGGAGACAAGGAGAAGACAAUGGAGCAACAAGCUGCUGAGGAGAUUCCUCUUGGACGCAAGCAGAGCGGGCGGUCUCUUGGUAGCGAGUUGAUUGAGCAGCGCCAGAAGGAGAAGGCUGGUUCGGAGCACAAGGAUGAUUACUCCCUCCCGUACCUGUUCAAGCGCAUGGGUAUCAUCAACCGCGAAGGCUGGAAGUGGUACGGUCUCGGAUUCAUCGCCGCUUGCUGUACCGGCGCCGUUUACCCAGCUUUCGGUAUUGUCUUUGCUCAGGCGAUCAGCAACUUCUCGAACCCGAACCCGCAUAUUCGUAGGGAAAGAGGUGACCGUGACGCUCUGUGGUUCUUCGUCAUCGCCAUCUUGUCGACUUUCGCCGUCGGCUUCCAAAACUAUCUGUUCGCCUCAACUGCUGCGUCGUUGACCGCGAAGUUGCGCUCUCUGAGCUUCAAGGCCAUUCUCAGGCAGGACAUCGAGUUCUUCGACAAGGACGAGAACAGCACCGGCGCCUUGACCUCGUCCCUCAGCGACAACCCGCAAAAGGUCAACGGUCUCGCCGGCGUGACGCUCGGUGCCAUCGUACAGGCGUUCGCAACCCUUGUAGUUGGUCUCAUCCUCGGUUUGAUCUUCGCUUGGAAGCUUGGCCUCGUUGGUCUCGCUUGCAUGCCGCUCCUGGUGUCCGCCGGUUACAUUCGUCUUCGCGUCGUUGUGCUCAAGGAUCAGAAGAACAAGCGAGCGCACGAGGAUUCCGCUCAGCUUGCUUGCGAAGCUGCCGGCGCCAUCCGGACGGUCGCGUCGCUCACCCGCGAGCAGGAUUGCACGGACCUUUACAGCCAGAGUUUGCAGGGACCCCUCGAGGAGUCGAACAGGAGCGCCAUCUGGAGCAACUUGCUGUUCGCGUUGUCGCAGUCUAUGUCGUUCUAUGUCAUCGCGCUCACCUUCUGGUAUGGCUCGCGUCUCGUCUCGGAACUUGAGUUCUCGACGACCGACUUCUUCAUCGGCUUGACGAGCACGGUCUUCGGUGCCAUUCAGGCUGGCAAUGUAUUCUCCUUCGUGCCGGAUAUGUCUUCCGCCAAGGGUGCUGGUUCGGACAUCAUCAGACUUCUGGAUUCGCGACCGGAAAUUGACGCCGAGUCGACCGAGGGCAAUGUCCCCAAAGAUGUGCAGGGCCGGAUCCGCUUUGAGGACAUUCACUUCCGUUACCCGACCCGCCCCGGAGUACGUGUCCUCCGCGGCCUGAAUCUCACCGUCGAGCCCGGCACAUACGUCGCCCUUGUCGGCGCUUCUGGAUGUGGCAAGUCGACGACGAUCCAGCUCGUCGAGCGGUUCUACGAUCCUCUCGCCGGUCACGUCUACCUAGACGGGCAGGACAUCGCCGAGCUCAACGUCCAGGAGUACCGGAAGCACAUCGCCCUCGUGUCCCAGGAGCCGACAUUGUAUGCCGGAACCGUGCGGUUCAACAUCCUCCUCGGAGCUACCAAGCCCCACGCGGAAGUCACUCAAGAGGAGAUUGAACAGGCGUGCCGGAAUGCGAACAUCCUGGAUUUCAUCCAGUCCCUGCCGGACGGCUUUGAUACCGAGGUCGGAGGCAAGGGCUCGCAAUUGUCCGGGGGUCAGAAACAACGUAUUGCGAUCGCUCGUGCGCUGCUUCGCAACCCGAAGGUGCUGCUUUUGGACGAGGCCACGUCUGCGCUUGACUCGCAGUCCGAGAAGGUUGUGCAAGCGGCGCUCGACCAGGCGGCGAAGGGGCGGACGACCAUUGCGAUAGCCCAUAGGUUGUCCACCAUCCAGAACGCGGACUGCAUUUACUUCAUCAAGGAAGGUACGGUGAGCGAGUAUGGCACGCACGACCAGUUAUUAGCGAAGAAGGGCGACUACUAUGAAUACGUCCAGUUACAGACUCUCAGCAAGGCCGCAUGAUGAUAGACACGACGUGAUCUGGCAAUUGUAAUAUAUUAAUGCAGCUGGGCAUGGAUGGAGGUGUUAUCGGUCUCGUUAUUAGUAGUUUACGCUCCCCACUUGUCUGUUUGGGCUCUAUACCUCCCCUACAACCCGUGUCAUACGUCGGAUAGGGUAAUGAUACGCCUGUUCACGG